UCUGCAGCGUCAGACACGGCAGCCGCAUAAAAAGCCCCAGCCCCGCUUUCACAGCAUCUCACUCCUGCAGCAAGCUCCCGGGUCCUGCGCUCCUCCUUCUCUUGCCUGCUCCCAACAAAUUGAACAAUUUCCCACCUCCGCCGCCACCAUGAGCUCCUACACAUCCGACUCUGCCGUCACGUCCAUCUACAGGCGCUACUUCGGCGAGCCCACCAAGUACCGAGCCAGCUACGAGAUGCCCGGCUACAAGGUUGGCGCCGCCGGCUACGGAACGCGCUCCGUGUCGGUCGGCUCCACCCUGAGCGUUCCUGUGGGCUCGUUCAGGCGCACGCACUCCCGCUACUCCAGCAUGUCCAUCCCGGCCACGUCCGACAUGAUCGACCUGUCCCAGGCCGAGUCUCUGGGCAACGAGCUCAAGUCCAUCCGCACGCAAGAGAAGGACCAGCUGCAGGACCUCAACGACCGCUUCGCCGGCUUCAUCGAGCGCGUGCACCACCUGGAGCAGCAGAACAAGGUGCUGGAGGCCGAGGCGCUGAUCCUGCGACAGAAAGAGGUGCGCCCCUCCAACAUCAAGCAGCUGUACGAGCAGGAGAUCCGUGACCUGCGCGCCCUGGCCGAGGAGUGCAAGAGCGAGUACAACAGCGCCAAGGGUGGCCGCGAUCAGAUGGAGGGCGCGCUGGGCGCCCUGCGAGCCAAGCACGACGAGGAGAGGCGACGUCGCGAGGAGUCGGAGGGAGCCCUCGACGAGGUGAGGAAGGCGGCGGACGAGGCGGCGGUGCAGCGCGUUGCGCUCGAGCAGAAGGUGGGCUCGCUGCUCGACGAGAUCGCAUUCCUCAAGAAGGUGCAGCAGGAGGAGAUCGCAGACCUGCAAGCCCAGAUCCAGAGCGCGCACAUCACGGUGGAGAUGAGCGUUGCCCGGCCCGACCUCACGUCGGCGUUGCGCGACAUCCGCGCCCAAUACGAGGUGCUCGCCGCCAAGAACAUGCAGUCGGCCGAAGAGUGGUUCAAGACCAAGUUCACGGUGCUGUCGGAGAACGCCAACCGCAACACGGAGGCCGUGCACGUCGCCCGCGAGGAGGUCUCCGAGUACCGACGCCACGUGCAGAACAAGACGCUGGAGUCGGAGGCCAUCAAGGACAUGAUCGAGUCCCUGGAGAAGCAGAUCCAGGAUCUGGACGAACGGCACCAGAAGGAGUUGGAGCCCUUGCAGGAACUCAUCCCUGAAUUGGAAAAAGAACUGCAGUCAACGAAGAACGAGAUGUCACGAUACCUGAGGGACUACCAAGACCUUCUCAAUGUCAAAAUGGCAUUGGACAUCGAAAUUGCAGCGUACAGGAAACUCCUGGAGGGAGAGGAAUCCCGCCUGACCAUCAGCUCCUCCUUCAAGUCGUCGGUGUCGCCCGUCAACAGCCCCAGCUUCCUGUUGCAGUCGCGUCCGCUGCGCACCUCCAUGCAGAUGCCCAAGUACCUGGGCGGAUACGACUUCUUCAGCGGCUACUCGCUGAGGAAUGGCAGCGAAGAGGGCAGCGAGGUCACGGAUAGCUACGGCUACAGCAAGAGGAAGGGAAACUAAGCGCCCCUUUUUAAGACGAAUCCCACCAGUCACAUUGAUAACGAAAGUUAACAACAAAAAGCACCUUAGAAAAUUACGACAACAACAAAAAGUGCGCGCGCGAUUCACGCUGCUUGCUGUUAGUUUUAUCGGGAGGGGGGUGAACAGAAUGAGUGCAUGUUGAACGUGUUAACGUCUACAACCCAUACUUGACCGAGUGGGAGAAGCAGAUAAAAAAAAAUUUCAGCAGCACACCAAGGCCAAUCUGCUCUCUCGCGGGUUGUGCGCAUGUGAGAGAAAAGAGGAAAAAAAUUGCCUACUGACAAAACCAGUUGCUGAAACAAAAAAAGAAGCAAUAUUGGAGAUUAUUGAAGCCAAAUAGUUGCCUGCUGGAACAAAUUCUUGUCAUGUUGCCGUAGCAGAGUUAGCUUGGUGUCAGCGUCAAUUUUGAUGAAAUAAAACGCUUGUGCCAUUAUAUGCA